UACCGCCGACUAGAGCGACGAGAAAGUAAUUUUUUUAUUUUCGAUGUAAAAGUGCCAAAUAAUCAAUAUUUACUGCCACCAUUACAUUGAUUACCGAUCCGAUAUCAUUUAUAAGAAGCACUUAAUUACUGGGAAGAGUUCUUUUGUCGAUCACUUUCAUUUCGGCUUUGAUUGCGAACAGACUUAACUCAAGAUAGUUUAUUUCGAACUAAACCAUGGAUCAAAAAAAUACUGCGAAAAAAUCGUACGAUGAAAAAAGUGAUUCAAAAAGUCAUAACGAUUGGAUGAGCCAAUCGUAUUCUGAAAACAAAAAAACAAAUUCUUCGCGUAACGAUUUUGGUAGACCAUUUAAUCGUCAAAAUUCCAGUAAUACCACAUACGCGGGCUCAUCGGCAUCAUCCGAGUCAUCAUGGUGUUCAAGUGAUGUGGAUGUUGGUAUGUCACGUUGGCCAAGCGCAACGUCGUUUAAUUCAUCAAGUUCAACGGUAAGCUUCAAAUCAUCUGAAUUCGAUUUUUCGAGCAAUCGUAAUCGAGGAAUCGCGUCCCAAUCAAACAAUUCAUCCGAUUAUCGACGUGGAUCGCACUCAUCAAAUGGAGGUUCGAACAGUUCAGACGAAUCAUUCAAUGCUGAAUUUGAGAAUUUUUAUACGAGAAAAAAAUGA